UUGUGUGUGAUUUGGUCUGUGGUGUGUGCAUGUUCAUCUGUUGCGUUGUGAUCAAAAUGCGUGUAGCAAGUGCAAGCGUCUGUUGUCUAGCGAUUCUUUUGGCGGCAUUCUUCUCUUUUAACCGAACAACAGCAGCAGAUUUGAAGCCGUGUAGAGGGGCUUUUGAUGUUAUUUUCGUUUUGGACAGAUCUGGAUCUGUAGGGGGUUUGUUUGCAACCAGCACAGUUGCGUUUGUCCAGGACAUAUCUAGCCGUUUUGUCAGUCCUCUUCUUGGCAUAUCAUUUAUCACGUUUUCAAAUCAUGGAGAAUUACAUCUGAGAUUGACAUCAAACAGAACUGCUGUUAAUGAAGCAUUGACUGAACUGAAUAAACUUCGUGGAUCUGGAGGAACUAAGAUGUACACAGGACUUGAAAAAGCUGUUGACCAGAUUCAAAAUAAAAGUGAAAAUACUGUCAGCAUUAUUCUGGUUUUGACAGACGGACAAGAUAAUAAUAUUGAUGAAGCUGUCAAGGAGGCUGAGAAAGCCAGACAGUUUGGUGCUGUGGUGUUUGCUGUGGGAGUGGCAGACUUUAGUCAUGAGCAGCUGGUGCAAGUGGCUGACAAGCCAGCCAGUGAACAUGUAUUUGAAGCACAACGCUUUGAUGACCUUCCCAAACUUGUUGAAAGUAUAAUCAACAGAACAUGUAUCGAAAUACUGUCUGCAGAACCCACAGAGUUGUGUAGAGAAUUCAACAACAGAAAUCAUUCUAUUGUUAUUAAUGGGAAUGGAUUCACUAGGGGACGAAAAGCAAGUGACAUUUUGUGCAAAUUCAAAUUCAAUGCUUCAUUCAACCACAUCACCAGACCACAGUAUCCUGUUCAAGAUUAUCGUUUAGUGUGCAACUUUUAUGCUGUUUCUGAAAAUGCAAGAGGGAUCGUUCUGCAGGUUUCUGUCAACAAUGGCCAUUCAUAUGUAUCCAGCAAUGUCUUUCUCAAUGUUAUUGAAUGUGGAACGACUCGAGUUACUCCAGUAAUAAAAAAAUCGAGUCUCGAAGUAUCAUCAGCAGAACCCACUGAAUUAUGUGGUGAAGGAAAUCAUUCAAUUACCGUUCAUGGCAAUGCAUUUACUAGAGUCAGUGAAAUUUCAUGCAACUUUACAUUCAAUACUACAUGGAAUUAUGUCACCAGACCACAGUAUCCUGUUCAACAUAAUCACUUUGUGUGCAAAUUACCUAUAGUAUCUAAAGAUAAGAGAGACAUUAUUUUGCGGGUUUCUGUCAACAAUGGCAAUUCACGUGUGUCUAGAAAUUUUUCCCUCAAAGUUACCACUUGUGAAAGUUCAGCAGCUAAUAUGUCACUGAUUAUUGCUGUAAUUGUCAUUGCUUUUAUCCUCCUUUUGGCUUUGCUUUGGUGGUUCUGGCCACUUUGUAUUGGAGGACGUAAACCUGAGCCAGAGGUGGAGGAGGAGAAAAAGCAGCCUUCUCGUAAUGUCAGUGCGUCUUACUAUGGUGGAAGAGGGGCAGGUGGCAUUAGCACAAUGCGAGUAGACUGGGGUGACAAAGGUUCAACCAAAGAGGGCUCAAAGCUGACACCAGCUAAGGAUGCCACAGUGACUGAGCCACCCUCAGAUCAGCAUGCUGAAGAGCCAGGUUGCUGUGAUCAGCUAAAGGGUGCAUUUGCUAGCUGUUGGGCUUCCGUUGUGGCUAAGUAUGUAUAUUUGGCUUCCUUCAGACCUGUUAGAGGAAGAUCACACUGCUUCUCUUCUAAACCGAAAUCUUAUAGUCCCAAUGCUAGGAAGGCUUCAACAGCUUCCAAUAAGACUUUGGUUAGUAGAGAGAGAAGUGGAUCUAGGUCAACAUCAGCUGCUCCUGCGACUCCUACCAAGAAAUCAACAUCUACAGAGAUCACUAAUGAUAGACCAAAGCCCACUCCAAGACGGCCAGAGAGUACCUCGAAAGCACCACCUCCACGCCCUAAACCGCCAGUUGCCAAAGUUUCUUCUACGAGUUGAUUAAUUAAUUAAAAGAGAACAAGAGCAUGUACACACUUUGGACAACAUUGUGAUGACUGUGGAUCGGUAGGGUGGUACUGGACUUGUUUUCCAACAGGUACAUGUAUAUGACAUUUACGUAGGUGAUGUAGAAAGCUUUAAUUGUACUGAUUGAUUACACAGUGUACAAUAAAGUUAGCUUUUUAGUUUUUGGCAUAGUGAUGUACAAUGUUCUUCUUUGAUGAUCUGAACUUAAUUGCUGAAUAACUUGCCGAGUUACUUGUCUAA